CCUCUCUCUCCCUCUCCCGGGAUUUUGCUGCCGGGCUCCCUCUCUCUGCGGCCCUAGAGUUAAUCCCAUCCGCCGAGGGAGCUCGUCUCUCUCCCUGCCACACAGGGAUCCGCCUGGCAGCCGCGGGGAGCCGCAGCCAAUGUGUUAGGACUUCAGGUGCUUCUUGGCAUAAAGCUAGACUGCGACCUCCUACCAUAGCGCUUGGCGUCACCUGCUCUCCCGGUCCUGCCCCAGGGCCGAGGGAUUGCGUCCCGAACCGGGCUUGGGAAUCGGCUGCCUCUCAAAUGAACCCCUAGUUUUGCUUUGAAAAAAAGCAUUUUGUGUAACUCUUGACUGUGACUAAGUUACUAAUACACCUGUUGGAACGAUCACUGACACAGUAUACCGUUUGAGAGGUACUUUUUUUGACCCAAUACUGGUGAUUAAAGAAGAGAGGUAUCUUGUUUUUUUUUUUUUUUUUUUUUUUCUGAUCAUUAUGAACAUUGGCUUUUCACCCCUGAAGUGAAAAUGUUGAAAACUGAGGCUUCGGGUGAACGAACCACUCUCAGAAGUGCCUCUCCUCACAGGAAUGCAUAUCGAACUGAGUUCCAGGCACUGAAAAGUACCUUUGACAAACCCAAGUCAGAUGGAGAACAAAAAACAAAAGAAGGUGAGGGCUCCCAGCAGAGCAGGGGGAGGAAAUAUGGCUCUAAUGUCAACAGAAUUAAAAACCUAUUUAUGCAGAUGGGUAUGGAACCCAACGAGAAUGCUGCUGUCGUUGCCAAAACAAGGGGGAAAGGUGGACAUUCAUCUCCUCAGAGAAGGAUGAAGCCCAAAGAAUUUCUGGAGAAAACAGAUGGCUCAGUUGUUAAGUUGGAGUCCUCUGUUUCGGAACGAAUUAGUAGAUUUGACACAAUGUACGAUGGCCCUUCAUAUUCCAAGUUCACUGAGACUCGGAAGAUGUUUGAGAGAAGUGUGCAUGAAUCAGGACAGAACAACCGCUAUUCCCCAAAGAAGGAGAAAGCUGGAGGGAGUGAACCUCAGGAUGAAUGGGGAGGUUCCAAGUCCAACAGAGGCAGUACUGAUUCCUUGGACAGCCUUAGCUCCCGGACUGAGGCUGUCUCCCCAACUGUGAGUCAACUGAGUGCAGUAUUUGAGAACACUGAUUCUCCCAGUGCCAUCAUUUCCGAGAAGGCUGAAAACAAUGAAUACUCAGUGACUGGGCAUUAUCCCUUGAAUUUACCAUCUGUUACUGUUACAAAUCUUGACACCUUUGGCCACCUUAAGGAUUCUAAUUCCUGGUCUUCAAACAAGCAAGGUGUUGAUACAGAGGAUGCUCACAAGAGUAAUACAACUCCAGUACCAGAAGUGGCUUCUAAAAGUACCUCUCUAGCUUCGAUACCUGGUGGAGAGAUCCAGCAGAGCAAGGAAACUGAGGACGCUACAACUAACCAACAGACUCCUGACAGCAUUGACAAAGACAGUCCUGAAGAACCUUGUGCUGAAAGUAAGGCAAUGCCAAAGUCUGAAAUCCCUUUACCACAGAGUCAACCAUUAGAAGAUGCUGAAACUAAUUUGGUUGGAAGUGAGGCAGCAAAGCAGCAGAGGAAAGAACUUGCAGGUGGUGAUUUCACCUCUCCUGAUGCUUCUGCAUCCAGUUGUGGAAAAGAAGUACCCGAAGAUUCCAAUAAUUUUGAUAGUUCCCACGUGUACAUGCACAGUGACUAUAAUGUGUAUAGGGUGAGAUCCAGGUAUAAUUCAGACUGGGGAGAGACAGGCACUGAGCAGGAUGAGGAGGAAGAUAGUGAUGAGAACAAUUACUAUCAGCCUGAUAUGGAAUACUCGGAAAUCGUUGGAUUGCCAGAAGAAGAAGAAAUCCCAGCAAAUAGGAAAAUUAAGUUUAGUAGUGCCCCUAUUAAGGUUUUCAACACAUACUCCAAUGAAGAUUAUGACAGGAGAAAUGAUGAAGUUGACCCUGUGGCUGCUUCAGCUGAAUAUGAACUUGAAAAGCGUGUAGAAAAGCUGGAACUUUUCCCAGUGGAACUAGAGAAAGAUGAGGAUGGUCUUGGUAUAAGUAUUAUUGGAAUGGGUGUUGGAGCUGAUGCUGGACUUGAAAAGUUGGGAAUAUUCGUCAAGACAGUAACAGAAGGUGGUGCUGCUCAACGUGAUGGCAGAAUACAAGUCAAUGACCAGAUUGUAGAAGUGGAUGGAAUCAGCUUGGUGGGUGUAACACAGAAUUUUGCAGCAACGGUUCUCAGAAACACGAAGGGCAAUGUCAGAUUUGUAAUUGGGCGGGAAAAACCAGGACAAGUGAGUGAGGUUGCCCAGUUGAUAAGCCAGACACUGGAACAGGAGAGGCGCCAGAGAGAGCUGCUGGAACAGCACUAUGCUCAGUAUGAUGCCGACGAUGACGAGAACACUGUGGCUGAAUUACAAGGAGUGUCUGGCAACUGCAAUAACAAUAACAACUAUUUUCUUAAGACAGGAGAAUAUGCCACAGAUGAAGAAGAAGAUGAGGUAGGACCUGUUCUGCCUGGCAGCGACAUGGCCAUUGAAGUCUUUGAGCUACCUGAGAAUGAGGACAUGUUUUCUCCGUCAGACCUGGACACAAGCAAGCUCACUCACAAGUUUAAAGAGUUGCAAAUCAAACAUGCAGUUACAGAAGCAGAGAUUCAAAAAUUGAAGACCAAGCUGCAGGCGGCAGAAAAUGAGAAAGUGAGGUGGGAACUAGAAAAAACCCAACUCCAACAGAACAUUGAAGAGAAUAAGGAAAGAAUGUUGAAGUUGGAAAGCUACUGGAUUGAGGCCCAAACGUUAUGCCACACAGUGAAUGAACAUCUCAAAGAGACUCAAAGCCAGUAUCAGGCCUUGGAAAAGAAAUACAACAAAGCAAAAAAAUUGAUCAAGGAUUUUCAACAGAAAGAGCUUGAUUUCAUCAAAAGACAAGAAGCAGAAAGAAAGAAAAUAGAAGAUUUGGAAAAAGCACACCUUGUGGAAGUGCAAGGCCUACAAGUACGGAUUAGAGAUUUGGAAGCUGAGGUAUUCAGGCUACUGAAGCAAAAUGGGACUCAAGUUAACAAUAAUAACAACAUCUUUGAGAGAAGAACAUCUCUUGGUGAAGUCUCUAAAGGGGAUACCAUGGAGAACUUGGAUGUCAAGCAAACAUCUUGUCAAGAUGGCCUAAGUCAAGACUUGAAUGAAGCAGUCCCAGAGACAGAGCGCCUGGAUUCAAAAGCAUUAAAAACUCGAGCCCAGCUCUCCGUGAAGAACAGACGCCAGAGGCCUUCUAGGACAAGACUGUAUGAUAGUGUUAGUUCCACAGAUGGGGAGGACAGUCUAGAGAGAAAGCCUUCAAACAGUUUCUAUAACCACAUGCAUAUUACCAAAUUACUUCCACCUAAGGGUUUGAGAACUUCUUCUCCAGAAUCAGAUUCUGGUGUUCCACCCCUCACCCCAGUGGCUAGCAAUGUGCCCUUCUCGUCUGACCACAUAGCUGAAUUUCAAGAAGAACCACUGGACCCAGAAAUGGGGCCUCUCUCCUCUAUGUGGGGAGACACUUCACUCUUUUCUACUUCAAAGUCUGAUCAUGAUAUAGAAGAAUCUCCUUGCCACCACCAAGCCACCAACAAGAAAAUAUUACAAGAAAAAGAUGAUGCCAAAGAUCCCAAAUCACUAAGGGCAUCCAGUUCGUUGGCGGUACAAGGAGGAAAAAUUAAGCGGAAGUUUGUGGAUCUGGGGACGCCUUUGCGAAGGAAUUCAAACAAGGGAAAGAAAUGGAAAGAAAAAGAAAAAGAAGCCAGUAGGUUUUCUGCUGGUAACAGGGUCUUCAGAGGCAGACUGGAAAACUGGACACCCAAGCCACGUUCAGCAGCUCAGACCUCCACUCGUUCCCCUUGCAUGCCUUUCUCAUGGUUUAAUGACAGCCGGAAAGGAUCCUAUUCCUUCAGGAACCUGCCUGCACCUGCAAGUUCCCUUCAGCCUUCUCCUGAGACUCUAAUUUCAGAUAAAAAGGGGUCCAAGGUAGAAAACACAUGGAUUACAAAAGCAAACAAGAGAAACCCAAAUCCCUCCUCUUCUUCAAUCUUUGGAAGGCAUUCUCAACUUAUGUCUGUAGUCUGGAUCCAAGAAACCAAUAAUUUUACCUUCAAUGAUGACUUCAGUCCCAGCAGUACCAGUUCGGCAGACCUCAGCGGCUUAGGAGCAGAACCUAAAACACCGGGGAUCUCUCAGUCCUUAGCACUGUCAUCAGAUGAGAUCCUUGAUGAUGGACAGUCUCCCAAACACAGUCAGUGUCAGAAUCGUGCCGUUCAGGAGUGGAGUGUGCAGCAGGUUUCUCACUGGUUAAUGAGCCUAAAUUUGGAGCAGUAUGUAUCUGAAUUCAGUGCCCAAAACAUCACUGGAGAGCAGCUCCUGCAGUUGGAUGGAAAUAAACUUAAGGCUCUUGGAAUGACAGCAUCCCAGGACCGAGCAGUGGUCAAAAAGAAACUCAAGGAAAUGAAGAUGUCUCUAGAGAAGGCUCGAAAGGCCCAAGAGAAAAUGGAAAAACAAAGGGAAAAGCUAAGGAGAAAGGAACAGGAGCAAAUGCAGAGGAAGUCCAAAAAGACAGAAAAGAUGACGUCAACUGCAGCCGAGGGUGCUGGUGAGCAGUAACACAUACCCUCUUACAGAUGAUGGAGAUGCUCCAAGAGAAGUACCC